UGAAAGAAUGGAGAUCAAAGACCCGGUCGUCAACGUAACUGUUUUCUACGAAAUAAUGAAAUGUUCUGUACGCCUGACAACUUAAAUGGCAACCCAGGCUGGUAAAAUUCCCUUGCAUAUAUUACUAUCUAUUACAAACUAGAAGAACGUAACAUAUAAACUUUUAAAGCGGUAUCUAUAAAGAUGAUGUUAUUAAUUAACAAAAUUUUAACAAAAGGACGAAACCCAUCUAAUAUUGUUAUUGUUCGAUUUUUAAACAAGAAGAGUUUAUCUGAGUUAUGGUGUAACUUCAGAAAUGUCAAAAAGCCAUAUGAUAAGAAGGUGAAACCUAACCUUUUCAUGCCUAAAAAUAAAUAUAAUAUUUCUUACGAUUCAAGUGAAAAGAUUCAUUUUUCUGCAUAUUUUUUAUUGGGUAUACCAAUUUGUGCAUUUGUGCUUGGUACAUGGCAAAUUCAAAGACUUAAAUGGAAAUUAGAUUUAUUAGAAAGACUGAACAGCCGUAUUAAUCAAGAACCUAUUGAAUUACCAGAAGAUUUAGAAGAUUUAGAAUCAAAAGAAUAUUAUCCUAUUAAAGUGAGAGGAACAUUUUUACAUGACAAAGAAUUUAUGGCAGGAUAUAGAAGUUUAAUAGUAGAUGGAAAACCAUUAGAUAGACCUAUGUUUGGACUAAAUAAAGAUGCAAGAGGAUAUCAUAUCAUUACACCAUUUAAAUUGGCAGAUCGAGAUUUAACAAUUUUGGUAAAUCGUGGAUGGGUUCCAAAAAUGCAUAAAAAUCCACAAACAAGACAAGAAGGUCAGAUAGAUGGAGAAACAGAAAUUGUAGGAAUUUUAAGAUUGAAUGAGAGGAGACCAUCCUUUGUCCCUAAAAAUCGACCAAACCGUAAUAUGUGGUAUUAUAGAGAUGUGUAUCAAAUGUCUGAAAAGGGAGGCACAUCUCCCAUAUAUCUUGAAGCAGUUGUAGAAGACAAGUCAUAUAAGUAUCCAGUAGGUGGUCAAACAAGAGUAGAAUUACGAAAUGAACAUUUUAGUUAUAUCUUGACUUGGUAUAGUCUCUCAUUAAUCACUUCCUACUUAUGGUAUAGGAAGUUUGUAAAAGGAAUACCAGUAACCGCGUAAAAACAAUGUUGCAUUGUAUAAACAUUUA